AUGUCGUCCCGGUUUUUCCACGGAGGUGACUCCGACAGCGAGAGCAGUUCCUCGGAAGAGGAAGAGCUUUACAGCGAGAAGGAGGAAGAAUCUGAGGAGGAAUCCGAAGAGGAAGAUGAGGACGAGGAUGAGUCCUCUGAAGAGUCCUCCGAAGACGAGGGUCGCGGCCUGGGCGCUAGCCGAUUUUUGAAGCCUUCAGGUCCGGGUGGCGACGACUCAGACGAGAGCGAAGACGAAGAUCGGGAGAGAGUGGUCAAGAGUGCAAAGGAUAAGAGAUUUGCGGAGUUAGAAGGCACGAUCAAGGCGAUUGAGAAUGCUCAGAAGAUUGGUGACUGGGCCGUCAUUGCUUCAGAAUUCGACAAGAUGAACCGACAGGUCGUCAAGGUCACACAGCAAGGUGCCACUCCCAAGCUCUACAUCAAGAUGAUCGCCGAUCUUGAGGACAUGAUCACGGAAACCAAUGACAAACAGAAGGCGGCUGGGGCGAAGAAGAUGAACCCCAUUGCUGCAAAGGGUUUCAAUGCAAUGAAACAAAAGAUCAAGAAGAACAACAAGGAUUAUGUGACAGAAAUUGACAAGUACCGAGAAAACAAAGAUGACUUUAUGGAAUCUGACGAGGAGGAGCCUUUGGAGGUGGAGCGGCAAACCCGUAAGAACAGAGCCCAGAGAAUCGAUGCCAUCGAGGCCGCUAUUGAUGAAGAGGGUUUCGCGACGGUCGGCAAAGGCGGCAAGGCUCUUGUCUACACGCCGGAGAGCAUUCUCAAGCAUCUCCGCAGCAUCAUUGAAUCCAGAGGCAGGAAGAACACCGAUCGGUCUGAGCAGAUUCGCAUUAUGGAGAGACUGCUCGAUGUCGCAAAUACACCCUAUCAGCGAAUACGCGUUCUUCUGACCUUGAUCUCCACCAGGUUCGAUGUCACCACCACCUCAGUGCAGGCAUACAUGUCUCAAGACUCAUGGCGAGCCGCUCAGCGAGAAUUUUCGACUUUGCUGCAAACUCUGGAGGACGAACCCCAGUACGUCGUCACGGAAGGAGCCGAAGAAUGGGAAGAUGAUGACAAACAGCCAAAUCCAACUGCCGACGAUGUCUUCAGGGUCCCAGGCAGCAUUGUGUCUCUUGUUGAAAGACUAGAUGAUGAGUUGACGCGCUCGCUGCAGCAGACAGAUCCCCACACAGCCGAGUAUAUCGACAGACUUAGCGAUGAGCAGCUCCUAUACACUGACAUUGUACGGACGCUGAUUUACAUUGAAACCAUCAACAAGAGAUUGGAGAAGUUGGAGGGGAAGCAAGACAAUGUCAACCGAACGGUCAUCCGACGACUAGAACACAUCUACUUCAAGCCGACGCAGGUCGUCAAGAUCCUCGAAGAGAAGACCUGGGCCGCUCUACCUUCAUCACUCAACUCCGACCUUACUCCGAGAGGAAAGUUCGUCGAGGUCGCUUCUCUUGUCCAGACACUAUGCAACCAUCUCUUCGAGCAGAGUGAAGGGAUCAUCCGCGCCCGUGCCAUGCUCUGCGAGAUUUACUUCUUGGCUUUGCAAGAUGACUACUACCGAGCGCGCGAUCUUGCACUGAUGAGUCACUUGACUGAGAACAUCUCAUCGUUUGACGUUUCGACCCAGAUCCUCUUCAACCGCACCCUCGUUCAGAUAGGUCUUUGUGCAUUCCGCGCAGGUCUUUGUUAUGAAGCCCAGGGGGUACUCCAAGAGAUCUGUGGCUCUGGAAGACAGAAAGAGCUGCUCGCUCAGGGUGUUAUCAUGCAGCGCUUUUCGCAAGUCACGCCAGAACAAGAACGACUAGAGCGACAACGUCAAUUACCCUUUCACAUGCACAUCAAUCUCGAACUUCUGGAAUGCGUCUACCUCACCUGCAGCAUGCUCCUCGAGAUCCCGUUGUUGGCACAGACCGGCUCUUCGCCUGAUGUCCGCAAGCGUGUCAUCUCCAAAACCUUCCGCCGCAUGCUCGAGUACACCGAGCGACAGGUCUUCCAAGGUCCUCCCGAGAACACGCGUGACCAUGUGAUGCAGGCGGCAAAGGCACUCGCUCAGGGUGACUGGAAGAAAUGUCAAGAGCUGAUCAGCAAAAUCGGCAUCUGGGACCUGCUUGGCGCUGACAACAAAGAGAAAGUCAAGAAGAUGCUUGCCGAGCAGAUCCAGGAAGAGGGCCUGCGAACAUACCUCUUUACCUAUGCCCCUUACUACGAUACUGUAUCGAUAACAAGUCUCUCCGCCAUGUUCGAACUUGACUCGAAGGAGAUCUCCGCGGUGAUCUCCAAGAUGAUUUCGCACGAAGAACUUGCUGCUGCACUGGACCAAGUCAACGAUGCGGUCGUCUUCCGGAAAGGCGUCGAGCUGUCACGUCUACAGAGCCAGGUCAUCACGCUGAGUGAGAGAGCAAUGGGCAUCCUCGAGUCAAACGAGAAGGUCCUUGAGACGAGAACAGCAGGCAUGGUUGGUGGCUACACCCGGCCGGAACAACAGAGAGGAAGGGGUGGACGUGGCGGUGGCAGAAGUGGUCUGCAAAAUCUGGCGAGGCAAGGCCAGCAAGGUCAGAGAAGACCUGGUGGGCAACAGUUCGGGGGUGGUGCUUUGGGCGGUGCGAUCAAGGCUUGA